AUGGAUUCAUCACUGCACGAGGUCUGGCAAACUGCAUCUGGCAGCCCGUUCCUACCUACAAUUGGCAAGGGAACCCAAUUUCUCGUCGCCUUUGUUCUCCUGCUUGUGGGCAUCUCUCUGACUGGAUUGUUCGCUCUGAACCGGUCCAUCGUAAACCUCCCUGUCCUCGGCAUACCGGCAUCACUGGCGAUUGCCUUCACAAACAAAGUUCAUGUUGAGAUUACAGAGGAGGGCAUCAAAUUUGCGGCUGAUCAGUCGCGUGUCAUGCAAGGGGUCGCAAAUUUGGGAAAAUCACUUUUCACAUCAUACACUCUAAACCUACCACCUGCAGAGGAGGAGGAUGAGCCCAACUAUCCAAGUUUCCAGAUCUCUCUGCCCGCCUUUCUGGAGACGCUGCAGAUCUUUGGGGCUGCAGAUGUCGCCGCCCGCCAGGCAAAGGCGGACGCCGAUCCGUACCGCAGCAAUCUACGCAACUAUCGGCCGGAUGCAUUUAGCAAUCAAACCCUCGGUAUGUCCGGCACCUGCGCUCUUUCAUAUCCUCAAGAGGGCGAGCCUUUUAGCAUCAUCCUCGAGGAAUCUGGCGUAAAGACGACGUGCAACCUCACCACCUAUCUUCCCGAGUCUCCCGAAGAGAUCCCAUUUGACAGGGAUGACCUGGCAUUCAAAAUCAUCAUGCAGUCCCGCUGGCUUCUAGAUGCGCUGGUCGAGAUGGCCCCGACCUCGCCGAAUCGCCUCACAAUCAUGGCGUCCAAGCACGAGCCUUAUCUACGGCUAUCAAGCAACGGCCCACUAGGCGGAUCAAGCGUGGAUUUUGCAAAAGGACGGGAGUUGCUAGAGACCUUCUCCGUGAGGGAUCGGUGGGUCCAGAGCUUCAAGUUUGACAUGAUCAAGUCUGCAAGCGAAGCUAUGCGCAUCGCUAGUAAGGUCAGUCUCCGCGGUGACCGACAAGGCGUCCUCAGCCUGCAGUUUAUGGUCGAGAUGGAAGGUGGCGGGAUUAAUUUUCUGAUUUUCUCAUUCGUUCCCUAUGCCUCCCAGGAGGACGAUCAGGACGAGGACGACGAGGGCCUAGACUAG